AUGGAAUCUGAAUCAGAAGUAAUCAAAGAAAAAAUCCACACUGAUCCUAUUUUAAACGAUCCGCGAUACAUAACCUUACUAAGUGUGGUUUUGUUACUCGUUACUUUAGUAUUCUGGUGGUGUUUCUCGAGGCGCCGUAGUCUUCGCAAUUCAGUGCUUCUAACCGGUCUGUCUGAUGCCGGCAAAACUCUUUUAUUUGUCCGUCUAGUUUAUUCACAAUACAGACAGACAUUCACAUCUAUGAAAGCAAACAUUGAGGAAUACAUUACCUCCAAUAAUACGCUUAGGAUUGUGGAUCUUCCUGGACAAGAGAGAUUGAGAAAUAAGUUUUUUGAUCAGUAUAAAAAUAGUGCAAAAGCUAUUGUUUAUGUUGUUGAUUCUGUGACCAUUCAGAAAGAAAUUAGGGAUGUUGCUGAAUACUUGUAUACAAUACUAGUGGACCCAGUCAUCCAGAGUAACUGCCCCCCUCUACUCAUCCUUUGCAACAAACAGGACCAACCAAUGGCUAAAGGAAGCCAAGUCAUAAGAAGCUUGCUUGAGAAAGAAAUAAAUUUAGUCCGUGUAACAAAAUCAAGCCAACUUCAAGCAACAGACUCGUCUCAAUCAAGCAAUACAUAUCUUGGAAAGCUUGGGAAGGAGUUUGAAUUUUCUCAUUUAAGCUGUUCUGUGGAAUUGCUCGAGUCUUCAGCAAGCACUGGUGAUGAUGACAAUCCCACUGAUAUCAAGGCUUUGCAAGAUUGGAUCUCAAAUCUAUAA